AGAGAGUAAAAUGAUCCUGUCUAACUUGAAAUGAGCCUUUAAGAGGUUGCAGCUACCGAAACCAACAAACAGAAUUAAACUGAUCUGAAGAACAGGGGGAGAUAUAGAAGCGAGCUCUUUUGAGCCUGUUAUCAGCUGCCAAGUCGUCUUGGUAAAUGUGCCGGCCAGCAUGGGGAGACGAGAUCUGCUGUCCAACACCAUCUACCAGAGGAUGAAGCAGCUGCGGAACAGGUUGAAAAAGAGGAACCAGGAGGAGGAGAAGAGACAGGAGAGGGCGGACCGGGCCAAGACUGCCAGAUGGGAGGAGCACCAGCGACAGAUGUUGCAGUUCGAGAACUAUUUGAAGAAAUGUGCUCAAGCACCGAAGAGGCGGAGGAGACCCCCGAACAGAGCCUCAGUUCCGCCAAACACGAUGGCAGGCUCCUCAAUCUGCAGUGGAGGGGGAAUCAACCUGGAGCAAGUUCACUUGGUAGAGACAACGGCAGAGAACAGAUCUUACUCUUCAGGAGCAACAUCUAGAUCAUUUAGGAUAACCCCUGGUCUCUCUCCUCCCCCAAGCGGCACGGAUUCGAUCAGUACAAGCACUAGUAUCUGCUCUAGGCUAUCCCACCCUACCUCUACAUCCCUGCAACCCAAUAAAUCUACAGCACAUCCUCGUUACCUUGGUUACACUUCUUCAGCAUCUACAACUUCUCUAGCGGUAGAUCAACCUCUUAAUAAGGUAACUGAGACGGACGAGAAUGAACAGGACUGGUGCCGGCCUGGUUGGCGGAGUGCCAACUCUUCUCCUGACUCGACAGGCAAAACAGAUCUAGCAAGAGGUUUAGAGGAGCUAGAUGACAGAUCAAACGAGAUGUCGUACCCAAGAAGCAACAUAUCUAACCACGCCUACAGCGCCAUUCUGUCCCCUCCGCCCACUCUCCCUUCUACACCCUCAGAUUCAGGAACCAUCCUGUUCCAGACUCCCAUCCCUCCACACGAAACACCCAUUAUACCCAUCAUUGCUCAACCCCCUACUCCAGAGCCGCCGGUUCUACCAGAAAUAUCCAUCACGAAAAUGGCAACUGCUCCGUCGGACCAGCAGCCUCCAAAAGUUGUCAAAGCACCAAAGAAGCCCAAGAUCAAGAAGAAAGGAAAAAAGAAAUCGUCACCAAAACAAGCAAAAUCAAAAAGUCCUGAAACCAGCACGGAGAUGGAAGUUAAAGUGGAUCCCAAAAAUAAAAAAGAGGUUCAGAAGAAGAUAAAGGAUAUCUUCACCAGUGUCAACACUCUGCCGGACGAGGAGUUGACGGAGGAGGCAUUUGAUGUUUUCCUCGACACCAUCAAAAACCUGUCCGAAUACUUGGAUACGGAUGACCUUGACUCCCAGAAUUUUGAUAUUGUUGAUGAUCUUUCGUCCGGAUUCUCCUCCAGAGCAAAUGACUACCUCGCCAAUGACUCUUGUGGAACGACCCCUUCUCCAAGCAAGAUGUAUAGUGAAACUCCGUCUCCCGACUCUCAAACCAAAGCAGAUGCACUGACAGGCAAGGCGCUGACGACUGUGCAGAUGAAAAGGUUACAAGCAGCUGAAAAAAGAAGACUCAGAAUACUGGUAGUGAGGGAGAAACAGGAGGGCAUUAUCAGAUACAGGAAGGUUACCAUGGCAGAGCUCAGGCUGAGGAGACAGAGAGCUCUGAUGAGGGUGAGGAUGAAGAUUAUUGACGAGGCUAGCGAGAGAGAUAAUGUUCAUAUGCAGAGAAUAAGGCUGUUCGAGAUGGCUCAUCUUAAUGAGAAGGAACGUCAAGCCAGACUCGAACAGUUCAAACAGGAGGAGGAUCUAAGACUGCUAGAAGAAGAUGAGAUGAAACGUAUGAAGGAGCUGAGAGUGAAAGAGGAGUUGCAUCAGCUGCUGGAGAGAUCCCGGGAAAGACAAGCUGAGGAGGAGAGACUUGCCAAACUUAGCAGGGAGUGGGGAGAAUCGGAAGAGCAGAUGGUAGAAACAGGAUCGUCAGUUGAAGAGGAGAAAGAAGAGCCCACAGACUCUGAGGUUGGGAGAAGGAAGAGACUGCAAAGGAAUUGGAUGAGAGCAGCGAGACACGCCCAAAACAAGAUAAGGUUUGAGAGUAUGGUCCAGAAGAACAGUCAAGUUCUUUACAGGGCGUUGGUUAAGGAGCUAAUAAGUCAGCGACAGAAGGAGCUUAUCACUGACAUCCCCGGCUUUUCUUACUUCCUCCUUCUUAAAUACACUCUUGAUCUGGACGAUAUCUCGGACAUUAUGACUGAUUUAUGAUGAAAUAACGUUAGUUUAUAAGCUCAGAUUGUUUAAGAGUUGGUUAUGAUGGUUUUAGUCAUAGGAUUGAAAUAUUCGUCCAAACGAUAGAGUGAGCUUUGGUUAAUUUGAUAUUUUGCUGGUAAUAACAUUGUGAUUAUAAGUUAUGGUCUCUAGAGUAGUUAUGGUAUCCCUGAAUAGCCCUGAAUAUCCCUGAAUAGCCCUGAAUAUCCCUGAAUAUGCAAAUUUCCCUGUAAAUAUUUCUAUAUUCUGCCGACCACAAGCUCAGCAUGCAAAUUGCAACAGUUAUGUGGACUUCACUGUGAUUCUAAUACAAACACUUGUAUACCAGAUGAAUUUUGAACGAUAAAGCAACUUAUAUCAAAAACAUAAAAGGGGAAUUUGUGUUAAGAGCUUCACAAUAUUGCCAAGGUGUUGACAUAUUGAAUGGAAGUGAUCGGAGUUUCAGGAUACAGAAAUUCUGUAACAGAAUGCUGGAUAUUGAAAGAUGUCACCCACUCACCCGUGUGGUGAUUUGCUACUCAAAGUGAGGUUGAGUUCACAGCUAUUUAAGUAGGCGUGAUUGUACUGGAAUAUAUCCUGAGAAAUCCUAGUAUUUUGUCUUAUUCCUUUAUGAUUUCGGUUUCCAAUAUUUCGUUUAACUGGGAAAGUUUCAUGUUUAAUUGUACUGAAGUUCUGAUGUUGUUACAUUGCAA